GACUACAGGCAUGUGCCACCAUGCCUGGCUAAUUUUUGUAGAUACAGUUUCACCAUGUUGCCCAGGCUGGUCCUGCACUCCAGGGCAUAAUCAACACACCCACCUCAGCCUGCCAAAGUACUUGGAUUACAGUUGUGAGCCAUUGUGGCCAGCCUACUGCCGUGAUGUCUACUACCAUGAUUUCGUGGCAAGUGCAGCUGGUCCAGCACAGAUGGGUUGCUCUUGCCUUCAUGAUAGAGCGACCUACCGAUAAAAAGGUAUGAGGAGGCUUUGGCUAUCUCUCUCUGUAUUUUUUGAGACAGAUUGAGCUCUAAUCCAAUGCGAUUACUGUACUUAUAAAAGAGGGAAAUUUGGAUACAGAGACACCCACAUAGGAAGAACAUCAUGUGAAGAUAAAGGCAGAGAUUAGGCGAUGUUUUUGCAAGCCAAGGAAUACCAGAGAUUGCCAGCAAACCAUCAGAAACAAGAUGAGAGGCAUGGAACAGAUACUCUCACAUAGCUCCAAGAAGAAACCAACCCUGCUCAUACCUUGACCCUUCUCUUCUAACCUCCAGAACUAAGAGACAAUAAUGUUUGUGGAUUAAGACAUCCAGUUUAUGGGUUUUCGUUAUGGCAGACCUAGCAAAACUAACAUAUGCUACCCAGUGAAGAUUUGCUCUCCAUCUUCCACUGCUCCCCCACAUCAAAUAACUAGAUCGUAUUUGGUUAAUGUCCAAAAUGUCUCGUAGGUUCAGGCUCUACUCUGUUUCCAUUGCCUCUGUAGACAUAUUGGGUAAUUGGGUAAUCAGUAAGCACCAUGAUAGGAGAAGAUAGAAAGGCACUUAGUUGACCAAAUGCAGCAAGGCUAGGUCAAAGCUGGUGUAAGAGGGAGAGGGUCUGGGAUUCAAAAGUGAUGUGGAAAUGUUGGGGCUGGCAAGCACAGGUUGAGGGGAUGCCUAACUUACCACUUGGUUGGAAAAUGCUGAGACGGCAGAGGCUACACCAAGUGUCCAAGGGGCGGGGCUGGCCAGAGGCCAAGAUUUCCCUGGGUUUUGUCCCAUGGCUGGCUUUGGGGCUGGAUUUUCACCUGGGGUGUGUGUUGGGGUCUGAGUGGAGAUCUUGGGGAGAUCUUUGCUACUGGGUUUCUUUAGGGUGUGGCCGCGGGGCACACAUCCAGAAGCACUGGCCUUGUGAAGCUCCCGAGAGUGUUCUUUGAACUACUGCAAACCCAACCAGCAGGUUUGCUGAAAAGUCGCCACGUUCCAGUCCAAAAUGUGUGAGCCAAGAGGGUGCUUAGCAUUCCCCAGGCCCAGUCCCAGCUCUCUCAAGAAAUGGGAGACUUCACCGUAGCACUGGGAAUUGGAUUCUAAACUUUAGGAUCAAGCAAUGAAAGGACCUGGAGUAAGAUACCUUCUUGACCUCCCUGAAGGGCUCUGAGCAGCUGAGCUUGCCUUUCUCUUUGCUCCCCCAGUUCUCCCCUUACUUCUCAAUCUCCUACUCCCCAUCACUCCUUUCCUUGCCUCCUCCUGCCUGUCUCCUUCUUCCUCCCUUUCUUCUCUCACCCCAUUAAUCCCCCCUUGUCACUAUCACCUCCUCCCUCCAGUCUUUCCCCCUUCGCUGCCCCUUCUUUCCUCCGACCUUUCCUUCUCUUACUGCCCCUGUCUCCCACCUUUCUCCUCCCCCCCAUAUCUCCCUCUCCCUACCUCCUCCUCCUGUUCAUCUUUCUCCUUCCCCCUUAUUUUUCUAUCUCCUUCCUCAGUCCCACUCCCCUUUCCACCCUCCUUUUGCCCGUCACUUCUCCUUCUCCCUCAUUGCCCCCUCCCUCUCUCCUCCUCCCCGGGUCCUGCCCCACUCAGCUCUGUUUGCUUUUCUCCCGGAUCCGGAUGGAGGGGUUGCCCUGCCCAUGCCCAGCCCUGCCCCACUUCUGGCAGCUUGGAUCUCGCUUCAUGGCUGAGGGCUCCAGGACUCAGGCCCCUGGGAAAGGGCCCCCACUCAGCAUCCACUUCCUGCGAGCCCAGUAUGAAGGCUUGAAGAGGCAGCAGAGGACCCAGGCCCACCUCCUGGUGCUUCCGAAAGGAGGAAACGCGCCUGCUCCUGCGGAAUCGAUAGUCAAUGCUGUUUGGAUUAACAAGGAGAGAAGGAGCUCACUGUCCCUGGAAGAGGCAGAUUCCAAGGUGGACGGGAGGCUGGAGGAGGCUGCCCAGGGCUGUCUUCAGGCCCCCGAGUCUCCGUGGCACACGCACCUGGAGAUGCAUCAUUUGGUUCAAACCUUCCCCCAGGACACCAGUCAUCAAGUACAUCAUAGGGGCAAGCUUGUGGAAUCUGACCAAAGGCUCCCUCCUGAAGGAGACACACACUUGUUUGAAGCCAAUCAGAUGAUUCAGCAAGCAACCGGAAUCCCAGAGGCUGCCCAGCUUCCAUGCCAGAUACAGAUACCUACACACCUGUGUGACACAGAUCAAGAUAUACAUUUUGAGAAUUCUAGAAAAUCACCUUCAAUCUCUUCCCGGUAAUUAACCACAAUUUAUUUUUCCAUUCUCCUGUUUCUACUUUUUGCCAUAUGCAUACAGCAAGCAUUUUUCAUUUUACACAUCCUUUCAUGGACAUUUGCUUCUAUUUCUCUUUAAAUCUCCCUACCCCUCUUUUUUUUACAGAUACCUGUCUGGGUAAGCUGGUUUCAAGCAUGGGUAUUUUUUGAAAGCUCCCCCUGGUGAUUCUAGAAUUCUAAGAUUCAGCAUUGAGACCCACUGCCUUAGGACCACACUGAUUAUAAACAGAGGUACAAAUUUGCUCGAUGGAUAGAGGCUUUUCUGUGAGGCUGAGCACAGAAUUGUGGGAAUCUUCAUGUCCCUCCUUCUUUGGGUGCCACUCUUAUAUUCCACUUGAGUUCCCAUGAUCGGGAGAAGGGGUUGGCGAGGGUCCUAUGGGGGAGGCAGCCCCAUGAGUAUUUUAUCACACCAGCUCUGUGAGUAGAAGGCAAGGAAGUCACCCAGAUAAGGCUCUGAAAAAGACUGUAGGCCAGAAGAUCCUUUUUGUCCCUCCUACCAACAGGUAGGUCCUGAUAAGAGGCCCUGCUGUAUCCUUGAGAACCAUCUCAGAGGACCCUCUUUUGGGAUGCAGCUUCCUCAUCCCAAAGCUUUGGAAAACCCUGAGCUUCCUCACUAGGGCAGACCUGUCUGCCUUUCAUCAUUACAUGGAACCAGAAGUGUGCUGAUGACUUCCUGUCUUGGAGUUUCUCUAAUUUCAGCAUUAUUCUUGAGAUGAACUGGAAGUCAUAUGAAGAUCAGAGAGGACUCAGUGAUUAUAACGAGGCAGGCUUCAGGGCGAGGGCCUGGAAUGAUUUGGGCAAGAAACUCCUGAAAAACCUCUCUCAGGUAUUUAGCCAGAGGUGAGGAGGGUGGGCAAAGAGUUAUUUUCAGGGUAUUUUUCAGACACUUUGAAAAUGUUAGGGUGGUUAAUUUCAGAGUGAUUUUGAAUCCCAACAAAUCUCCUAUGUCUCACUCAGUGGUUCUAAAGUGUAUUCUGCAAGCCAGCAGCAUCGGGGUCACCUGGAAAUAUGUCCAAAAUGAAAAUUAUUUGGCCACACCCAGCCCUGUUGACUCAGAAACUCAAGAGGGAAGGGCCAGCAGUCUGUUGUAGCAAGCCCUCCAUAGGAUUCUGAUGCACACUCAACUUUGAGAACCACUAUUUGUGAUAAGAGUCUACCCCCUGCCUUAAUGGGUGAUCAGUAUGGAGAAGUCACAUUUGGUAGAUUUCCCCUUGUAAACAUUUUUUUUUUUUUUUUUUGAGUUAAAAAAAAAAAAAAAAAAUCCACCUUAGCAUCCCAAGCGUUUGGACAGAGACACAGAGAAUUGCUUACUAGUUUCGGGGAGAUUAGGACAUUUUUGCAAGAUAAGUAACUUUCAGCUCCAUUUUCCUAUCCAGUCUACAGAAUGUCCAUUCUGUUAGUCUCUGCUGACAGGGGAAAGGAGGUGGCAGAGUAAAAGAUUCACUCCCUACCUGUCCCCAUAGGAAGGGCAUAGAAUGUCUCACCCUUUGCUGCAGUAGCCUCCAGGCCUAGGGCUGUGAAGCAACCUUGUGUUUGCUUGCUGAGUUCCGGCUGGAGUGCAUGAUGCGGAAGUAAACAGAGUUUACACACAAAGAGAGAACAUGUACUCAGUGCCUCUGCAUGCCAGACUCUGGUACAAAAGCAACAGAUAUGGAGAAAGUCACGAGCUUUGUUCUUAAGGAGGGUAAGUAACAAAAGUUUAACCACUUGGAACAGGUACAACUUCUGGGAUACGUCUGAGUCAGUUCAGGCUGCCAUAAUUGAAUACCAUAGACUGGGAAGCUUAUAAACAGAAUAAAUGUUUCUGAAAGUUCUAGAGGCUGGGGAGUGUUAAGAUCAAUGCACUGGUAAAUUCGGUGUCUAAUGGGGGCCUGCUUCCUGUUCAUAGACGGCCAUCUUCUGGCUGUGUCCUCAUAUGAUGGAAGGAGGAAGAGAUCUCUCUGCGGUCCCUUUUUAAUUUUAUUUAUUAUUUUCUGAGGUCUCUUCUAUAAGAACACUAAUGCCAUUCAUGAGGGCUCCAUCCUUGUGACCCAGUCACCUCCCAAAUACCCCACCUCCUAAUAUCACCAGAUUGGGGUUCAGGAUUUCAACAUAUGAAUUUUGGGGUAUGCAAACAUUUACUCCAUAACAGGAGAUAAUUAAUUAUCAACAACUUAAUUUUUAUCUUCCAAGGCCUUGGAUGAAAUUCAAGGCUGGGUGUGUCACUCACAGAAAUGAAAACAACUCGUUCCAGUUCAGAACUUAAUAAGUCCUGUCCAGCACAAGUUUAAAAACAAAAAAGCCUUCCAGCGUCUUUCUGAGGAGCUCUGGGCUGCACGUCUGCAGUGAGGAAGAAUGGGAAGCUUGGGUAACUGCUCUCCCAACUUGAGCUUCUAGCUCUCAUUCCAAGUUACUUAGAGAAGUUUCUGUCCUCUCCAGGGUUGGGAGUGUACAAUAACUGGGAGGGAGGUGGGGUAGGACCUUACCUGAGUAAUACUGUCAUGAGAUACAUGGUUUUGGAAAUUCACCCUCUGGCGGAUGGGAUCCUCCCCGGGCAUGGGAGGAGGCACUUCUGCUUUUCCUGGUUGCUUAGAAUCCAUCUGCAACUCCUCUGCAUGCAGGAGCCAACCUCCAGCUUGGUUGUGCUCUUGUUCCGUACCUCACCUCUCCAAGGCAGUGGUUGUAACCAGGAUUAAUAAAACCUUACACCAUCCCUCUUAAA